AUGGCAAUUGUUGAGACCCUGGAAUUGGCGCUUGUGGAAAAGUGGCGUGCGGUCACGGUUUUCUCAGAUUCGAGAUCGGUCCUUUUAGCCGUGCAAGCCAGGUUUGUCCCGGGCAAGAGCUCGUAUCUCGUGCUACGUAUUAAGUCUCUGAUUCUGAAGCUGACCGAGCGGGGAGUGAAAGUCAAGCUGGUGUGGGUUCCUGGUCAUUGUGGAGUGACUGGCAAUGAACGUGCUGAUGCCUUCGCUAGGAAUGCUGUUGGAUGUGGCAGGGACUCCCAGAUCAUACUUUUAGAACCGUUGCAGAUUUUGAGGAAUAGUCCUAUCACAAGUGAUCAUCUCUCAACUGUUGUGCAACUGUUGUGUCUGCUGAACGCGGCCAAUGAUAAAACAUCUCAAGAUACAUU